AUGGACAAAUCCAAGAUGAGCUAUACCAAGCUACGAGAGGAGCAAGCCCUUGCCGAAGAGGAGGAAAGGGCUCGUGGGGAAAAUCUCAAAGCCGAGGAGAAACGCAAAAGGAAGUGGAAGAAGAGGGUCCUGAGCAAGGAGGAACGCGAAGCAAAAGCAAAGGAUUUGGACCAGCUUCUAGCACAAAGCGCUGCCUUCAGCAGUAUCUUGACCAACAAGACCAAGGUUCUGGGCCGUGUAGGCACUAGCCUCGAUGGAAAGACGAUCGGGGAGCACGACUUAACCAUGGCUAAACAGCCCAAAUGUGUCGUUGGCGGCACCAUGAGGGACUACCAACUGGAAGGGCUGACUUGGAUGUACGAGAUUUGCAUCCAGGGGAUGAGCGGUAUUUUGGCCGACGAGAUGGGCUUGGGCAAAACUGUCCAGACAAUAUCCUUGAUUGCGCUGCUCCGCGAGCAAGAGAACUACCUCGGACCGCAUCUCAUCGUGGCUCCUCUUAGUACUCUAUCCAAUUGGCUGGAUGAGUUUCACCAUUGGGUCCCUUCAAUCCCGGUCGUCAUGUAUCACGGCACUCCACAGCAACGCAGCGACAUCUUCAAGUCCAAGAUCAUGCGGCAUCUUCAAGGCGGAAGACCCACAGACAAGUUUCCUGUUGUUUGUACGAGCUACGAGAUGGUGCUCAAGGAUCGCGCUGCCCUCUCCAAAAUCAAUUGGGAGUUUAUCAUUAUCGACGAGGGGCAUCGCAUGAAGAACUUCGACUCGAAACUGUUUCGCGAACUCAAAUCCUUCACCUCUGCCACGCGUCUUCUUAUCACAGGCACUCCUUUACAGAAUAAUCUUAAAGAGCUGUGGUCUCUGCUCAAUUUCCUGCUACCCAAGAUUUUCCGCGACUGGGAGGCCUUUGAGAGCUGGUUCGACUUUAGCGAUCUCGAAGAUGAAGAGGGCACCGAAGAGUUUAUUGCCGAUAAGACCAAGCAGGAACUCGUCAAGAAGAUGCACGUUGUGCUGCAGCCCCUGCUCCUGCGCAGAGUGAAGGCUGAUGUUGCGAAAUACCUCCCGAAGAAGCGCGAAUAUGUCUUGUACGCGCCCAUGACCAAGGAACAGACGGACCUGUAUAACGUAAUCAACGACAAGAACAUUGAUACGAGGGCAUAUCUGGAGAACAAGGUCGUUGAGCGACUCACAGCAGCCACCAGCAGCACAGCGUCUUCGCCGAGCCGCAGCACCCGCUCCUCCAGGUCAGGCAGUGCCAAGAGGCAAGCAGACACUGACGUUGAACCGGUAUCAGUGGCCGUGGAAGCUCGGGAUAGUGCGUCGUCUGCCAAAAACGCAUUUACACUGUUGAUGGGCAAGUCUCGCCCACGAGGACCAUCGCCCAAAACUCCCGCCGUCGACAAGCGAGCCGUUGCAGUGGUGGCAGAGCCGGUCCCGCCGAAACCGGCCAGAAAAGGGCCGAAGAGGAAGAAUUCCCCAUCGUCUGAAUCACCAGCUCCCAAGAGUGCCAGGUCUAGCAGGCAAUCUACCCCUGCAAGCACCCGCGGUAGGCCGCGAAAGGGAAAGCAGACGUACAAGGAAGCCGAUUCCGAUGAUGACAUGCUAGACGACGAGGAAUUUGAGGCAAAGCUUGCUGAACAGAUGGCCGAGGACGAGACCCCAGACGCUGAGAAUGCGCUCGACGCCGAGGAAUUUGAGAGAGCACAGACUCUGGACAUUGCGAAGCGUGAAAUCGCAAACAAGAAACUCGGCAAUCCACUCCUCCAGCUCCGACUGGUCUGCAACAGCCCGCACAACUUCUACAACCCCUGGUCAACAGACACCAACCUACCCAUCGACGAGAGCAUUGUUACCGCCUCGGGCAAAAUGCUACUUCUCGACCGCCUCCUUCCGGCGCUUUUCAAGCGCGGCCACAAAGUCCUCAUCUUCUCCCAGUUCAAAACCCAGCUUGACAUCCUCGAGGACUACUGCACCCAGCUCCGCAAAUGGCCCGUCUGCCGUAUUGACGGUGGCGUUUCUCAGGAGGAACGGCGCGCCCAGAUUCGCGAGUUCAACACGAACCGAAAGCUCAAGAUUUUCCUGCUCUCGACCCGCGCUGGCGGUCAAGGUAUCAACCUCGCGAGCGCCGACACGGUCAUCCUCUUUGACAGCGACUGGAACCCGCAGCAGGACCUGCAAGCGCAGGACAGGGCGCACCGCAUUGGUCAGACGAGGCCCGUGAUUGUGUACCGGCUCGCGACGAAGGGCACCGUGGAGGAGGAGCUUCUGAUGAGCGCCGACGCCAAGCGCAGGCUGGAGAAGCUUGUGAUCAAGAAGGGCGGGUUCAGGACCAUGGGGCAGAAGAUCGAUAUGCGCGAGGACUUGGACAAGGAGACACUCAGGGCUCUGCUACUCAAGGACGGGUUAGUCUAUAACUUCUCUGGGGCCAAGGAAGUGCUCAGCGACAAGGAUCUGGAUGUAUUGUGUGACAGGAGUGACGAGGCGUACGAGAGGGCUGCUGUAGGAGAAGGGAAUGCGGAUGGAUACAAGGUCAUCGAGACGGGGGCGAAUGGGAUCACAGCUGCGGGCAAGGCUUGA